UUCAUCUUAUCACAAACGUUUACCCACAAUCGGAAAAUUUCGAUCAAUAAUAUAGUAGCGUUUCGGCCGCAAAUUAAUUAAGUCAUUGUCCAGCCCCACGAAUCACCAGAGGCAGCCAUCGGAGGACACUACUGUGGCCAUGAGUGGAAUACCAGAACGUUUGCCGCCCGUCAACAAGGAUGAAAAUCGCUAUCCCUACUGCAUUGUGUGGACCCCUAUCCCAGUGUUGACAUGGAUAUUUCCCAUGAUCGGUCACAUGGGCAUUUGCACCUCCAACGGGGUGAUACGCGACUUUGCCGGCGCGUAUUUUGUUUCCGAGGACCAGAUGGCCUUUGGCAAUCCAACGCGCUACCUGCGCCUGCACCCGAAGUACGCCCAGGGCGGCACCAAUGCCUGGGACGAAGCUGUGUCCAAAGCUUCCGUUCUGUACGGCACCAGGAUACACAAUAUUUUUUGCGACAACUGCCACUCGCAUGUGGCAACGGCCCUCAACAAUAUGCGCUACAAGAACAGCACCAGCUGGAACAUGAUCAUCCUCAGCAUGUGGCUCUUUGUCUGCGGCCGCUACACUAGCAUCUGGGGUAUCCUCAAGACGUGGCUGCCGUUUGCCAUCUUCGUCACCAUCAUCGUUCUGCUGGCGGUUUACUUUUAGAGAGGGCUGGGCGGGCGUCCUUCCAAUGGUUAUUUUAAUUGUUAUUGCUAUGCCUAAGAUAUCUUUUAUUUGUAUUUCUUUGUAGUUACAAAAUAAAUGUACUUUAACAUUA